GUUAGUUUAGAUUGGCUACAUCUACAUGACUUUCGAGUAGAAGGUGAAAAAUCCAUGUGCAUGUAUAUUGGAUUACUCAAUCAGUGAUUUUUUCUUCUCAACAGGUAAGGUAAUGGAAGGAGCAGGACAGGCCCCCCAGGAAGCAAAAUCAUUUGAAUCUAUGGAUGACGAGACAAUUGAGGAAAUAGAAAGAGCAGGACAGAUCUGUGAGGAAGCAAAAUCAUCUGAAUCAAUCAAUAAGGAGAGAAUUGAGGAAAUAGAAAGAGUAGGACAUACCUGUGAGGAAGAGGAAGCAAAAUCAUCUGAAUAUAUCGAUGAGGAGAAAAUAGGACAGACCUGUGAGGAAGAGGAAGCAAAAUCAUCUGAAUAUAUCGAUGAGGAGAAAAUAGAUUACAACAUUGAAACAACCACGGAUGACGAUCUUGGUAACCCUAUCAAAAGAGCAAAGUGUUCAGAAUCACCUACAUUCUCAACAUCAUCUCUGGUUUCUGAAUGUCCAGAAACAAUUAGUUCAGAAGUAGAAAAUCAGUCAGCAUUGUCUCCAGUUUCUCAAUUGAUGAAUGAAGAAACAAUUUCAGCACAUGAUGAUGAGCAAAUAUUUUCAGAAGAUGGUGAGAAGCAACAAGAAACUAAACACAUAAUUAAUAGUAUAACAUAUGAUUAUCUCCCACAAGAUUAUAUAUUGACCGAUCUGGAUUUAUCUGCUCAUUGUGUUAUACAAUACUCUAAUGAAGACGAUAUACUCGUGAUGAUAGAUGAUAUAUAUAUCAAACAACGAUAUCUGGUGUGCCUGCUAGAUGGAAACAAAUGGCUAGACGAUGAAGUAAUCAGCGCAUACAUAUGUUGUUUAAAGGAGCAAGCACAACUUCUUAAUCAGAAUAAGGCUAAAGUAUAUUUUGAGAAUCCAUUUGUUACCAGGCUAUUGAAACAAGAUGGUGAAAGUGGAAUAGGUGGACCUACCGGUUUGACAACGGUUGUCAAAAACUAUCUGGACCAUGACAUGAUCCAUCUUCCAAUAAACAUUAAAAACUCGCAUUGGUAUUUAGCCUCUGUUAAUUUUGACAAGUCUGAGAUACAAGUACACGACUCCUUGUGUUGGAAACACAGUCGAGCUGAUCUCAUUCUUACGCUGAAAGGACUGCAAUACCAUCUAAACAUUCUAAAAGGACAAGAAGUUUUGAGUGAUCGUCAUAAAUGGAAAGACAUCGAUUUUACUAAAUGGAAAAUUACAGAACAGCUCCAAAACCCGAUCCAGAAAGAUAGCUCAUCUUGUGGUCUAUUUCUCCUUAAAUUUAUGGAAUAUUGGACCGGACAUACACUGUCCCAUCCAAUUACACAGGAAAUUAUUACUUCUUUUAGAUUUAAGUUAGCAGCAGUACUAUUAUGCUGGAAAAACAACAGGGCACCACCGACUACAUCGGUUGAAGAAAGUGAAGAAAGUGACGGAGAUCCAAGUGAUGUUAUAAUGUCAGAAAUUCCAUUUGAUCAAAAAAAAUCAAAAGAACUGAGCUCAUUAUCUCCUGAAAACAAAUACCAGUCGCUGAUGUCUAUUCUUUCUAACUUGAGCUUACAUGAGUUAGUAGGUGGACUUUGUAACUACAUCAAAUCAAUAAAUUCUGCAGAAGCUUUAGAGAAAGUCUGGGUACAAAACUCUGAUCCAUAUCCCAUUAGCUUGACUCUCCAAAAAAUACAAGAAAUGCUGAAUGAGGAGUUGGCCAUGGAUCGAGAUUGUUUCAACUUGGUCGUGCGGAAAAUUAUGUUUGACGACAUCCAAAUGGUAAAGAAAAGGAGAGGAGUCAUAACAAAGCAUUACCUUGACAUAAAAUUCUGGAUGAUUACUGAUUUUGGAAGACAUCCAGACUACCGCAAAAAGUUAGAUGUGGAACAACUAGCAUAUUCCGUUCGUAGCUGGCCUGGUAUCAAGUAUAGUGUUUCAUCAUGCAAAUCGAUUCAUAUUCCAAUACAAUCUGGCCGUGAUUUUAUUCUAUUCAUACUGGACAAAGAUACCAGAACUGUCUACAUUUUGGACCCUACUCCUAUUGAUCCCAUCUACCAGCGCAACCCACACGCAAAAUAUAUGCACCGACUUUUAUGGAUUGCUGAAAACUUGCCCAAAGCCAUGUCAAGGGCAUGCCCUGGAUCUAUAUGGAACGAGAAUAUUUUCCUAUGGCAGCAAAAAGUAGUACAUGGUAUUUCAGGUUAUAAAAGGGAGCUCUCUGGUUUUUUUGUUACCCUCUUCAUGUCCACAUGGGAAGAAGGAAAAGUUAAUUUGCCAUUUUUAAAGGACGGAUACGAACUCAGGAAACAAAUUAUGGGGAAUCUUCUAACAAUGAAGGAUAAUGAAUGUCAAGACAACAUGCACACUGGUGUCCUGGAUUUCAUCAGUUUUAUUAGGAAGAUCCAAGACAACAGAAUCUGAAGACAUGACAAUCAAAGGGCAACCAAUACCUAAAAGAAGCUGCAUUUCAAACUCCGUCUCAAGCUGUUGCCCCUCAAUUGUCACCACGCACUUAGAGGCUUCCACAGUCCUAUAUUUUAUUUUUUCAAAUUUUCAGUGAACAACAUAGGUUUAGCCAGUAGCGAUGUUUUGAUUCUUGUCCGAAACAUGGAACUUGCUUCAAAGUGAGUUAUUGUGGCACAAUGCUAUCUUUAAAAUUAAUUCCUUACGAGGCAAAUAAAUAAAUAUAUAUAUAUGAGUUUGUCGUGUAAUUUUAUAUUA